AUGGACGAGGAGGAUGGGCAGGAAGACGAUGACGAUGAUGAGCUGUUUCUGAAGCUGCCCCGGGACUCCGAAGAAGAGGAGUGCCAGCUGCCCAUCACACUGAACAGGGACUCCGCUCUCGAAGAUGAACGACUGCCCCUGACCCUUCCCAAGAGCUGCGAAUCCAGCUUGGAAGUUUUCUUAAGCAGUGACCAAGUAGCACUUAACUCGGUGCUGACGAACAUCCUCUCCAAGUUCAGCGAGCUGGACGCGGAUGGCUCGGGUGCCAUCACAAUGGACGAGCUCGCUUCUCACUGGCUUGCUGCUGCUACAGAGGUGUGCAAGCGCCCGCUGAGCGACUCCGAAAAAGAGCUGAUCGGGGGAAGUGUUCAGCGAGCUUUCGACGUCAUGGAUGUAGAGCAGGAUGGCAAGAUCAACAAACACGAGUGGCUGCACACUGCGCUGCUCGACAUGCAUCCACCAGGCCCCGUGGCCACUGAAAUUAUCACGCAGAAGCUCCGAGAUUCGGACACCCCGGACAUCGUGUCUACCCUUGUCUAUACAUGGCUAUCGGCUGAUGAGAUGGUCUGCGGCAUCGUCACGCGGCAGAUGCUGUCGAUCAAUCCUUGUGGCGAUGCUGAGCUACUGGAUGUAAUGAACUCCACAGGAAGUGACAGCAUCACAUAUGCUGAGUUCGUGGCGAACGUGCUGCGCUUGACUUUCAGACCAGUGGAGCUGUACUACUACGACCUCUCCAAGAGCUUUGCUUCAGUUCUGUCGCCCAUCCUGCUUGGCCAGUAUGAGGAUGGCAUUUGGCACACCAGCGUCGGUGUCUUCGGUCAGGAGCUCUACUUUUUCGGCUACAUCCUCACUUGCUACCCUGGCCAGAGCGCUUUCGGGCAGCCCAGGAAGAGCGUCCAACUUGGUUACACACUGCGUACGGUCGAGGAGUUGAAUGCCGAGAUCAAAAGGGUCUACUUCGAUUACCGCCCUGAUCUGUACGAUGCUUUCGACCACAACUGCAACGACCUGAGCAACCACAUGGUGCAGUUCCUUCUGGGCCGAUCCAUUCCUGACUCGGUACGUUUGAUGUCCGAGCGGCUGAAAAGUUCCUCGCUGGUGAAAGUGCUCCGGCCACUCCUGAACAG